UUAAUUUGACAUGCUGGAUAUGUUUCAGUUUUCUCUGUGGAGUCUUAUGUAGGUCAGGCCUGUCUUAAACAGAUUUCCUGAACCUGUGUGAGAUUAAGCUGAAGGAAUUUUAAUAAACCCUCCCUUGUAGGCGUAGGCCUAAGCGAGACUAACCUAGUUAAGCCUGAUCUUUUUUUUUUUUUUUUGUCUGUGGGGGAAAGAGCUGUGCAGAGCUCAAGGCUGAAUGGUGAUUCCAGGAACUGAUUGCUAAUAAAGGAGAAAAGAAAAUGGUGGGGAAAUUUCGGUCUUCUAAUUUUACAGUGUUUGAAAAGCUUGAUCUGUUGAAACUGGUAAAGCCUUUCAUAGGUGUGUUGGAGGAACACACUAAUAAACAUUCUGUAAUCAUUGAAAAAAACAACUGCUGGGAGAUUAUUGCAGAAAAGUACAAUGCCAUGGGAGCAGGCCGCCCGCCACGCACUGCGCAAGGCCUACGCACGCUGUACAAGAGGCUGAAGGAGUAUGCCAAGCAAGAACUACUCCAAUGCAAGGCAUCACAAGCAGACUAUCACAGCUCAGUGUCAGAGGCUACCAAAAAACUUGUGGAGCUAAUUCCUCAGUUUGGUAAUGUGUGCUUUGGAAGAGAUUUAAAUGGCAUGCCAAGUGAAAUGUUUGAUUCAGAGAUAGACCCUGGCUUAGAAUCCCACCAUACAACAUUGGUUGAAGGACACCCUGCGGCUGUCACGGUGGAGCUAGAGCAAGAAGAAGAUGUGAAACCACCUCCAUCUUUAGUAAUAGAACCAACACCAACUGUUGUGUUAGAGGCAGAAUCUCCAGAUUUUGAUGAUGGCUUGGAGAGAUCAUCAUCUCCACUGUCUUCUGUGGACAUGAGAUUGUCUGUGUCUCCUCCCUUGUCCCCUGCCCCCAUUACAAGGAGAGAAGAAUAUUUUGCUCAUUCAAAUGAACAUUUAAGGUCAUCUUGUGUCUGUAAUCCUCAUGCUUUGCAGAUGAUGAAGAAAGAACAUGAAAUAAUCUUAAAUAAUCAAAAACAAUAUGGACUUUAUAUCAAGGAAAAAAGAGAAGGCUUAAAAAGACGACAGACCCUUGAAGAGGAGCUGCUGAAGGCAAAAAUUAAAGUUGAGAAACUAAAGGUGAUUAGGUUACGACAGGACCUUCCAGACUACAAUAAUCUGUAGGGUCAAUUUGUGUUCUUUAAGUUUUUCUAACAUUGUUAACUUGUGCCUAUGUUUCUUAAGAAUUUAAUUAAACAUGUUAUUUAUUCA